AAAAAAAAUGCUGGAAUACUGGAUAGCGAAUAAUGAGUCAACAUCAAAUGACAGUGUAUUUGAGAUUGACGGAGUUUUGCAAGAUCCUGGAUCAGCGAUUCUCUUUGGUGGUUAUCCACCCUGGCUACUCUAUUUUGCCGCUGGCUCUUGUGUUGUUUUCAUGCUCAUAGGAAUACCCGGUAAUCUCAUCACCAUUGCAGCAUUAUUUCGUACAAAAAAGAUACGAAAUGCAACAGCAGUAUUUAUCAUGAAUCUUUCAAUAUCAGAUUUGAUGUUUUGCUGUUUUAAUCUUCCACUAGCAACAUCAACAUUUUGGUAUGGUUCAUGGAUGCAUGGUCCAUUACUAUGUCGUUUAUUUCCAUUAUUACGUUAUGGUUUAUUGGCAGUUAGUCUUUUUACUGUUCUUUCCAUCACCAUAAAUCGCUACAUAAUGAUUGGCCAUCCUCGUCUCUAUCCAAAAUUAUACAAACCAAAGUAUCUUAUUUUAAUGGUACUUGCAACAUGGACAUCUGGCUUUGGUGCAUUAAUUGCAACUUGGUUUGAAAGAUGGGGAAGAUUUGGUCUUGAUCCAUCAAUUGGUUCAUGCACUAUACUACCAGAUAUCAAUGGACACAGUCCAAAAGAAUUUCUAUUUAUUCUUGCAUUUCUUACACCCUGCAUUGCAAUUGUCGUUUGUUAUGCAAGAAUUUUUUAUAUUGUCAGACGUACUGCAAGAAAAAGUCGUCGACGUGAAAAAGUUACAACUGAUCUUGUUAAAGCAAGUUUACAAGUUAAAUUUAGAAAAACUUUUGAAGAUUCAGCGAUUGGUUGUAGCAGCGGACAAACAACAACAACAACCACCACAACUACCACCACAACUGAUAACAAUUCAAUGAAAUUAAAUUCUCAAUUUGCAAAUUCUCUUAUUGAUGAUAAAUGUAUUAAUUUAAAUUUUCAACGUAUGGAUAAUAUAAUUGAAAAAAUUGAUGAUCCAACAAUAGACUCAAUGAAAAUUGAUAAAGAUAAAAAAAAUACACCUAUUAAUAAUAAAUUAAUGAAAAAUAAAAAUUUAAAAAUAAAUAAUAGUAUAAUUAAAAAUAAUAAAGAUAUUGUUAUACCAAGUUUUUCAAUAAUUGAUAAUGAUGAUGAUAAAAUUGUUGAUAAAAAAAAAAUAAAUUAUGAUAAUAAUGGUCUUCAAGUACCACAUAAAUUUAUACGUGAUUUACAACAUUCAUCAGAACAUUUAUUAACACCAUUAUCAACAAAAUAUGAUGCACCUGAAAUAUCAGAAGAAUUUAUUAGUUCAAGAUCAGAUUCACCAAUUGAUAAACGUUUCGAUAAACGUAGUAAUUUAUUACGACGUGAAUCACGUUUUCGUAGUAUUAAAAUACGUAAUAAUAAUAGUAAUAAUAAUUAUGAAAGUGGUAAAAUGACUGCUAAAGAUAAAAAAUUAUUAAAAAUGAUACUUGUUAUAUUUACAUCAUUUUUAAUAUGUUAUUUACCAAUAACAAUAACAAAAACACUUAAAGAUAAAAUUGAUUGGCGUGGAUUAAAUAUUGCUGGUUAUAUAUUAAUUUAUUUAACAACUUGUAUUAAUCCAGUUAUUUAUGUUGUUAUGAGUUCUGAAUAUAGAAGUGCAUAUAAAAAUGUACUUCUUUGUCGUAAUGAAAAAAUUAUUGAUACA